AUGAGUUUACCCCUCAGUCCCAAGCCUUUUCUCCCUGGACUGACAGGAAAGUCAGGGAUGGUGAAACUUAAGUGGGAAAUUGAAUAUAAGGACUACCUGGUCUCUGUAGACGGCUACAUGAACAAGCAGCUUGCAAAUCCAGAAGAAUACAUAGAUGGUGGUUUAUCUGGACAUCCAGGUGAAGUUUAA